AGUGAAAUAGUGUUGCCACAGGCAGGGGAGCGUUCAGAGCGGAGAGGUGAGCUCUUGGUUAAGAGCUGGUGCUUCAUUAACUCAUUUUGACGACUUCGAAGGUUUCAAGAUUGAGCAAGAAGGAGACUUUCUUUGGUCCUACCAGUCUGUCCAGUUUUGUCUUAUCUUCUAAGAAAGACAGAGAGCAGGUUGUUUCCAGUGAAGCUUUUGGAUCUGUUCAAACAAAAGGGGGAUUGUUGUAGACCUUAAUUAUCUUUUGCUGAAGGACACUCUGUUUUGUUUGAUCUCUGUUUGCUGGAGGAUUACCUCUAUAUGUGAGAUCGUGCAGAGACUCAGUCAGGAGCUCAGUGGAUGUAUUUGCGGGGAAGAAUGAGCAGUUUUCUGUACUUCCUCUUCCCGGUGCUGGGUGGAUACACCCUCACCUCGGUGUACCUGCUGAAGAACCCCCACAUUCUCCACAGGAAGAAACGCACGGCUUUUUACAGCACGCACAUCUCACACAGAGGAGGAUGUGGAGAGAGGAUAGAGGGCACCAUGGAGGCGUUCACAAAUGCAGCGGAGCAGGGCACCCAGAUGCUGGAGAUGGACUGUCACAUGACGCGUGACGGACAUGUGGUGGUGUCACAUGACUUGAAUCUGCUGAGGCAGACGGGCCUCAACGUCAACACCUCCGAGCUCGAUCUAAAGGAUUUGCCUCUGUAUAAAGAGAGACUGGAGGUGACAUUUUAUACAGGUCGCUGCAGCAGCGGUGCAGACAGGAAGUUCGCCCUGCUGGAGGACGUGUUCAGGAAGUUCCCUGAGAUGCCUGUCAGCGUUGAAAUCAAAGAGAACAACAAGGCGCUGAUAGGAAAGGUGUCUGACUUGGUUAGAAGCUACAACAGGGAGGAGAUCACCAACUGGGCCUCUGUUGACUCUGGGAUCAUGAAGGAGUGCCGCAGAACGAACGGCUCCAUGCCGUACAGUUUCUCCAUGAACAGAGGUGUGCUGCUUCUGCUUCUCUUCUACACCGGCCUGCUGCCCUUUGUGCCACUGGGAGAAAGUUUACUGCAGUUCUACCUGCCACGCGUCAUCAACAGGACGUUCAUUCCUAAGAUAGGCAUCCUGAAGAACACGUGGGUCGUCUCUUUGUUGGAAAAAGUAACAAUGAGGAAGAGUCUUUUUAAACACCUCGCAGCUCGUGGAAUUCAGGUGCAUUUGUUCGUGUGCAAUAAAGAUGAAGACAUAAAGGCUGCAUUUGAAGUCGGGGCCACAGGCGUGAUGAGUGACUACCCGGCUCUUCUGUCAAGCUACCUCUACAGAAACAGAAGUCAGGAUUGACCCCACACACACCCCCUGAACACACAUCAUGACAACAAUUAAUAGCUCAGAAAAGGCAGCUUUCUGAUGAAUGAGGAUUGUGUAAAAAGAAGAAAAGACAAAUACAAGGAAAUACAAGAAG